AUGUCCAAACUUCGAGUCCUCAUAUCUGGCGGUGGAAUUGCCGGCCCAUCCGCUGCUUUCUGGCUCUCUCGUCUAGGCCAUUCUUGCACCAUAAUAGAACGAUUCCCCUCAUUACGAACUGGAGGCCAACAAAUCGACAUUCGCGGACAGGGCAUUGAGGCAGCAAAGCGUAUGGGGAUACUAGAAGAUAUCCGCAAGAACGCAGUUGAUGAGCAUGGACUCCAAUGGGUCGACUCACAAGGAAGACAAAAAGCCCUGCUUGGGAAAAAUGAAUCGGGGAAAGGGAGGCAGUCUUUCACGAGCGAAUUCGAAGUGAUGAGAGGGGAUUUGUGCAAGAUUAUCUAUGAAGCGACUAAGGAUAAAGCCGAGUAUCGCUUUGGAACGUCUAUUGAGAGCUUUGAGAAUGUUGGCGAUAAGGUCAACGUCAAGUUCUCUGAGGGGGGUGAUGAAAGCUACGAUCUUGUCAUUGCUGCAGACGGACAGGGCUCAAGACUCAGGAGGGAACUCUUCGCAGAUGAACCAGACGCAGUUAAAGUGCGCGAUCUGAAUCUUAAUGGAUGCUACUACAAUCUUCCAAGAGAAGCAGGCGACAAGAACUUGGCAACAGUGUAUAGCGCUCCAGGCCGCCGUGUUAUUUCAACGCGUUGGCAUUCCGAGGACAGCGGUCAGGCGUAUCUUUUCACCAUGUCUCAUCUCGAAGAAUUCAAGGAGGCGAUGAGUCAAGGUGUUGAUGCGCAGAAGAAGCUGUUUGAGGAGAUCUUCAAGGAUGCAGGUUGGCAAGCGCCAAGACUGCUCAAAGCGAUGAACGAGACGGACGACUUUUACGCACAGUCCGUGGUACAAAUCAAGACAAAAACAUGGUCUAAGGGACGAGUUGUCUUAUUGGGAGACGCAGGCUACGCAGCAUCACCCCUAUCGGGUGUAGGAACUACACUCGCCAUAGUAGGAGCCUGCGUCCUUGGUGGUGAGAUUGGGAGACAUAGCCACGAUAUACCCAGAGCGCUAAAGGCGUAUGAGGAGACGCUGAGACCGUUUGUUGAAAAGUCUCAGAAACUGCCUUCUUUCGUACCUGGAGUUGCGUAUCCGAAGACCGAGCUAGGGAUCAAGUUGCAAUAUUGGAUCAUUGGACUGAUUACGAAGCUUAAGAUUGAUAAGGCGAUACUUGCUAUCUUGCCAGAGGAUAGAGGGUCAUGGAGGAUCCCUGAGUAUAAAGAGCUAAGGGCCAAGGAUGGUUGA